AUGGCGUCCACGGUUGUGUUCAAGUUGCCCGACGAUCUCAACGGUACUCCCAUCCUAUCUGAGGAGAACGUCGACCCCGUGGACAUGUCGCCCGCGAACUUGUUCGCGCGGUUGUUCUACGACGCCAAGGCUUCCUUUACUGCCAAGGCCGCUGCGAUCUUCGACCGUGACGCUGAUUUCCCCAUGAUGCGAUUCAUUGAGCUACGUUCUCGACAGACCAAGUCAGGCAAAGUCAUGCCUGUGGUGAACGUUACACGCCCUCAAGCCGCCGAUUCCUUGGUCAAGUUCAUGUACGGGCAAGAAAACAAAGGCAAACAGGCGUGCCAGAAGUGCAAGGACGGUACUGGUGCGUUCAAUGCUUAUGUGACAUUGGACGAAAUGUCACCUGGUUGUGCCACUUGCCACCACGGUGGUGCUGCCAAACAUUGCUCACUUGUCUCUGGUGGCAGCAAGAGAUCCCGCGACGAAUCCUCUGACGAUGAGCCAACUUCCAAGCACCAGAAAAAGCAGAAGGGUAAGGGCAAGAAAAAGAACAAGAAGGAAAAAUCUGGCCGGGACUACAAGGCAGAGGAUGUUAUGGAUGCGCUCAUGAGACUUGACAACAAAUCGCUCAGAGUCAUGAAGAAUGUCUUCGAGGCACUCCUUGACGGCAAUAUUCAUGAUGAUACUGAUUAG